UCUCUCUGCCUUCACUGCGAAUCUCACUCGCAGGCCAUUGCUCUGUGCCCGCUGCUCUUCCCUUCUCUGCCCGCUGCUCCGCCAUGAGCGCUAGACUGAUUGGUGGGCCCUCCGAAACCCGGCCCGCCACGGCCGAGAUCCAGGCCAUCGCCGACAAGGUGAAGUCCCAGCUGGAGGAGAAGGAAAACAAGAAGUACCCCACUUUCAAGGCCACGGAGUACAAGAGCCAAGUGGUUGCGGGGACUAACUACUUCAUCAAGGUUCAAGUUGAAGAUGAUGACUUCGUGCACCUUCGUGUGUUUCAAAGUCUGCCUCAUGAAAACAAGGCCUUGGCCUUGCACAAUUAUCAGACCAGCAAGACCAAGCAGGAUGAGCUGGCCUAUUUCUAGUUCUGGAUUUUGAACUGAACCUUCACCAUGUGGUUCUCAGUCACGUGUUCGCGUGUUGGGGUCAUGAACGCCGUUUCUAUGCUGUGCCGCUUUCGCUGGAGGGGCUGCUCUGCACCAAUCUGGUGUCUCUGCAUUGACUUUAAUGGCGUGAUUUUCCUCCCAAUCAAUGAUCUUAACUAAAUUGCUUUCCAAGAGGGCUGAAGUGAUCCCUAAAUAAAUAGAUUAAGUUUUUGCAAA